CGUAAUUACAGGCUCCGUUUGGGUCGGCCAGCCCUCCCAGGGGUCUCAAUUUUUAAUUUAUUCCCCAUUCCGGUUCCCUCUGCAAGCCACUCCGUUCCGUUUGAAGUUCCAGAAUCUCUCUGACGAAACAAGAGGCAGCACUCGUUCGAAAAAACACCAGCGUCCAGCCUCCCCCCUAUCAAUCGUAAACUGAGCGCUUACUCACGCGCCAUCUGUUAGGCAUAAUUUCUGGGACUUUAGUCAUCCACUCUCGUGACUCGACGGGGCUACACGGAAAAGAACUUCGCGAAUGGUGCGCUUUUCUUGUUUUUGGAGGUAGCCUGCUCAUAUCCAACAACUGCUGGGGUGCAGUUUACCCUUCACUGUUCCUCAAGACUGGAGGCAAUUUUAACUUGCCUUUAACUUGUCUCUUGGUGUGCAGUACUACGAGUUCAGCAAACGCGUGAGAAAACGGCACUCUGGAUCAGUACAAUUCUUGAGCUCGGAAAAAUUACUCACGGAUGAGUUUGGAGGCGCUGUUUGUACAUUUUAUAUGUGAGGGAUAAUUCGGCUCGCGCACAGCUUUAUUAGUCUAUUCCUUUUUCUCUUCGACGUACUAUUUGCGUCAUGAAUUCUAGUUAUGUGCAUGUAAUGGACAGACAAGCUACACCACCAAGCCGUCUGGAGAGUCCGAUUACAGCCAAUCUGGAAAAUCUACAGGCUAAGAAGAACUUCUCGGUUAGUCACCUGUUGGAUCUCGAGGAUCCCGGGGAGAUGGUGGGGACACCAGCGGACGAGAACCCCGGGGAGGCGGGGAGGAGUUUGCUAGAGUCUCCGGGACUGACCAGCGGCAGCGAUACUACGCAACAGGAGAACGAGCAGCUGAACUCGGGGGAGAAGAAGAAGAGGAAGGAGCGGCGAAACAGGACCACCUUUAACAGCAGCCAGCUGCAGGCGCUGGAGAGGGUGUUUGAGCGGACGCACUACCCCGACGCCUUCGUCAGAGAGGACCUGGCGCGCAGGGUCAACCUCACCGAGGCGCGCGUGCAGGUUUGGUUUCAGAAUAGACGAGCCAAGUUCCGCAGGAAUGAGCGAGCGAUGCUGGCGAGCAAGAAUGCGUCCCUCCUCAAGUCCUACUCCGGGGACGUCACAGCGGUGGAGCAGCCCAUUGUGCCCCGCCCCUCCCCUCGACCCAACGACUACUUGUCCUGGGGUACCUCCUCCCCAUACAGCACCAUGGCAACCUACUCACCCACAUGCGCCAGCACCAACGCUACACAGGGAAUGAACAUGGCCAACAGCAUCGCCAACCUCCGCCUGAAGGCCAAGGAGUAUAGCCUGAACCAGGUGCCCACCGUCAACUAAGGGGGAGAGUACAGCACUGGUGCUGAGGCGAUCGGCACGGCAACGGUUACCCCGGAGAGGCCCAGCACGGAGCGAGAGGUUCGUGGACUGGCAGCGGGGAUGUCGGUCACAUGUUCAAAUCUACACCAGAGGCUUCUUCCUGCUGGCUCGCCAUCUUACAGAUGAAUGUCUUUUUCUAUUUUGCAUCAUUUUUGUUAUGAGACGUGAAGAGAGACCAAAAAAAAAAAAAUAUGAACUUCAAAGUGUUUUCCAGAACUGUGUUUCAGAACAUGGUGAUAUUGUAUUAAUUCACAGUGCGGUGACUGGAAAUGUAUUUCAGUGUGAAAAGGCAAUGGAAAAAUCUGUUUUUUUAUAGUAACAUUUGGAAGUAUCCACAACGUUUAUCCCAGCAGCCUCUGGACUGUAAUGCACUCCUUUAUCAGUGGAGCAGAAAUACGUCAUUGGAUUUUAACCAGUAACUAUGGCAACCAUUCAGAGUUUGGAGAAAUAUAAAGGGAUGUAGAAGUACAGGCUUUUCUUCUGGUUAUAGACUGAGAAGUUUGAAGCAUUUAAAUAUUUUAAAUAAUUUUUUAUCAUCAUUAUUUUCCAAUUUUGUACCGUGCCACUGACAUUUAAAUGUCAAAAAUGCAUUUUUAUUGACCAAAAUGUAUUUGUCCAAGGUGAUUUAAGUUUUGUAAAUCACCUUGAAAAAGAAAGACUUACCUUGGAACCGAAGAUCUAGUUGCGCUUUCUCACUGUAUAUAUCUUGAAUAUCUUUAUUUGUACCAAAAAAAUCUACAUAAUAAAAAUACACUUCACAAAAUGUAAUGGAGCUGUUUCAAAGACCUGUUUCAGACUGAUUGUAUAUUUUUGCCAUUGAAUACAGAAUAUGGAACUUUUCAACUUUUCAAGCAGUGCGGGAACUUAACUGCUUAGUUACUGGAAAGCUCCCAUGUCUAAAUUUCCAAAGUGCCUAUUCUUUUUUAUAUGCUGCUGUUGAUGGCAACAGUGAUAGUGAAGAUUGAGGGAAAAAAGAUACAUUUUUAUUAUCUAUGUACAACACCAGUUUAAAGGUUACUCAGAAUAAAUAUCAAUGGAACAAUUGUA